AAAUGAAAAAAAAGCUUGAAGGCGACCCUCAAGCCCCAGCGGCUGAAAGAGUAAACAAAAGAUGUUCCUCCUCCGCUGAAUGUGUUAUGUGACAUAGACUUUACUUUUGUAUGGAAUAGUCACACGGAAAAUAGUGAUAAUGGCCGUUGCAACAGUCGAAAGCACAACGCUAGAGAAGAUAAUAAGUUUUAUUAAUGACACAGGCUACAAGGAGCUAAUGCAAAAUUCAGCAAGAUUUAAUGUGAGGAUUCGCAAAGACAGAAUAUAUCGGCAACCAUACAUUGAUGGCCAGACAGGUGUUGCUCAGAGGCACUGUCACCUGUUUGUGAGUGACAGACACCGAAUGCCAGGAAUUCUGCAGGGACAAGUGUACACUUAUCCAGCGCGCAGAUGGAAAGCCCAGAGACGGUCAUACCUUGGCUCUCUCAUGCAGGCAACUGAUGCAGAUCCAGAUGAGCACACAAUUACCACAGUGGAGAACCCCGCGGCAAUAGUUACUGCUGUAGAGGAGCCUGUCCCUCCACCAGAGAAAGUAGUUUUGCCACCUGACCAGUGGGCAACUUACUUUGAUGAAGGUCCCUUUGAAGAUGAACUUGAAGAUGAGUUUGAAUCUGAGGAGGAUCUUGAUGAUGAGACUUACAGUAGAAAGGGAAGCAAGCGAAAGAAAGCACCAGUUGGAAGAAAACCCAAAGCUGCUGGUGGGUUGCCUAAGAAAGCCAGCAAAAAGAAGACCCCAGAAAAUAGUUCUCAGCGAGGAGGCAAGAAGAAGACAGCCCCCAAAACUCCUUCUAAGGUUCCAAAGAAUAUCAAGAAGGAUGACGAAGACCCCAGCAACAAGCCUUAUGGCUGUGAACUCUGUGGGAUGCGGUACAAGACGCGGCCCGGCCUAACUUACCACUAUGCCCACUCGCAUAAGGAGGAGAAGGAGGAGGAGGCUAAACCUAAAGCCCCUGCUAGACCUAACGAGCAAAUUCAAGCUAACGACCCCAUCCCAGACUACUUUCCUGGCCCGCUUCAGGCCUCAGCCACCCCACAGUGGGGCCAGAACAGUUAUUACCAAGGUCGCAGCUCAGGCCGACGUGAGGGUGAAGUUGGCCAUGGAAGUGACUCUCUGAUGCCCUCAGCAGUGUCAGCCCCAGGGGAGCCCCAGAGCGAGAAAGGCAGGAAGAAGGUGUCAGCUUCCCCCUACUGUGACUUCUGCCUUGGAGAUGCUACUGAGAAUAAGAAGACUGGAGCCCCAGAGAGUUUGGUUUCAUGUGCUGACUGUGGCCGGUCAGGUCAUCCCAGCUGCCUUCAGUUUACCUCAAACAUGAUGAAAAGUGUGGUCAAGUACCGUUGGCAGUGCAUUGAGUGCAAGACUUGCACCUUAUGUGGUACUUCAGAAAACGAUGAUCAGCUGUUGUUCUGCGAUGAUUGUGAUCGUGGCUACCACCUCUAUUGCCUCGAUCCCCCUCUCUCCGAGCCUCCAGAAGGGGAGUGGUCCUGUUAUCUUUGUAUUCAGGAGUUCCAUGCCAAGAAGAGUGAAGUGUCGGAGGCGGUCAUUGCUUUGCGGAUCACUUCACCCUUUCCCAGUGACAAUGGUGCAAAGACCUGCCCGGAGAGGCUUUCGCUUCUUGCUGCUGCUGCUUCUCUUGGUUUACUACACGUCUGUUGUUGGUGCAGUAUCGACGCUGACCGGUCAAGGAGGCGAAGACUCCGACGCCAAAACACCAAGUGUGGGCGCCCUGAGCGGCAUCUCGCCGAAGCAAGGCGAUAGCCUGGUCGCCCUGGCGCCAAUCGUCUACGGCCCCAGGUCUACGACCACAUCAGAGAGACCGCCGCGACCCAAACCAUGGUGGGAGUACUUUGAUAAUCCAUAGAUGAAAAAUACCUAGUCUCAUUGACCUCCGAGAGCAUAUGAGUGUGUGCGGCAUGAAAUUCACCGAGUGUCUGUGACAGCCAAGAAGACCCUAGCCAACAGAGGACGAGGAACAGGUAAAGGUGGGAGCAAACGCUAUAACUGCACGUGGGUCUCUUGAAAAAAUAACAAUAACCCUCCCAUGAUUCACUCGCUGUCCCUAGCCAAGGAUGUGUGACCUAAGACAUUCGCCCGUCCCUCACAGGCUAAGGGACCGCGUGCUACAUGAAAUGACAUUAGAAUAAUUAAUGACAUGUGGAUAUGGAUCGUGUAUCUGAAGAUUUUCAUUGAAUCUUUUUAUAUGUCUUGUCAGCGUGUUAUUAAGCAACAAAGGUCACCAGCAACUCAGAUCUAUUGCCCAGUUACCUGAUCAUUUUAUGUCAUUCUCCUGUCCAUUCCCACGUCUUGAUUGAAAUUGUUUUCUAAGGGGCACAUUGGUGAUAUAGGUUAAAACUUAUACUCAUGCACGGCAGUGAUUUUCCAUUUUCCAUGUUGUAGCAUCGCCUUGAUGAACACACACACACACACACACACACACACACACACAAUUCGUUAGAGCGCUGCGCUGCCAGGCUUCACGGUCUGACAUGGCGGCGGUUCGAGCCCGCUCAGGCUGGAUUCUUUCUAUUGACUAGGAGUGGUUACUGUCCCCCCUUAAGCAAGGGGGAUGGGGUGUGUGGUGUGUGAGGUCCUGGUAGUACACAUAGAUCGACAAUAAUGAGCACUUGCUCAUGUCGGGAGGGUACCUGCCGGUGAUUACGAGUCCAACACGUGAUCAGGCCGUGGUGAAUUACACACACACACACACACACACACACACACACACACACACUAACAUUUACUGGAAACGACCGGUGAGGCAAAAAGCCCAGGCGGCUUCAUGUGGGCGAGGCGACGGAGCACAGGUUAACUGAAGGGUGAUAAUCCACUGGUAAAAGGUUUCGAUGUAACCCUAAUAGUCUUUUGAUACUUAAAAUGGCAACCGUAUAUCAGUGUUCCUUAGACUUCUCGUACAGUUCACUUUCGUUUCAACUAUUAACCCAACUAACCCUUUGCUAGCCUAAUAACAGUGCUAACACGUAUUAUCGAACGUUUGGGGCUCUUAUUGCAAUUAUUUUUCAAGGCCAGAGAGGAGCUGCGUCUGGUUGUCAUGAGUGUUUUCCCCAUUCAUGGAGCAGAAGCCUCCCAAAACCACCGCCAGGAUCAGGAAACCACCCAUGGCAACCCCGACAACUUCUGCGAGAGCCUUUUGUAACAGAUGAACUAAGCUUUCGAAGAGUUUGAUAAUCUGGACCUGAGAUGUGUGCCUACUGUCUCUAUAGUAUUAAGGUGUGUAGUUUUAAAGAAGUGGCGACCAGUGACUUAUCGAAUGAGAUCAAGUGUGGGGGGCAGGAAACUUACCGUGACGAACCCUGCUAUAAUGAGCUAUUAAGACGUCGGAAUUAUUAGCGCAGCACAGUGGCACACGUAGCCCGCCAGCUUGUAGUAACUAACUUGCAAAUAAACUCUGAUGAAAUGAAUAUCUUGAGCUA